UCCAAUUUGGAACGUCCGCAUUUUUUUUAUGUUAGGCUUUACUAUUUAUGGUUAUUUUGAUGAACAUUUUUCAAUGUCUGCAUUUUUCCUAUUACAUAAUUUUUUUUGAACAUUUUUCAAUCAAUUUCUCGAUGUACUAGAAGUAGACAAGCAGGAUUAUGACCCAAUUAUGGUGAAGGCAGUCAACCUGUUAGGGUUAGUCGGAAGAUUGUUAACGGACAAAAAACAGAACCUGAAGUCAAUGAAGAUAGCAUUAAGUAGCGGCGGAUCCAGAACAGGUUAGAGCAUUGGACCACAUUUAAAAAUCGGUGGCUAGGGCUGGGCCGUAACCCUAUAAACAUUGAAAUACAUACCCAAAAUCGAAAAUUUUAUACGAGCUUUGGAUCCGGGGAGGGCUGGGCCAUGUCAUGGAGGCGGCCCCCCUAGAUCCACCACUGGCAUUAACGAAGGCGUGGAACUUGAGGCACACCUUUCAUAUGACUAAUAAGGAGAACCAAUUGUAUGGGUUUCUCUUUCUUGACCAACAAGAUAGAGAUAAAGUCCUCCGUGGAGGUCCAUGGCACUACGACAAUAACCUGCUGAUUUUCAAAAAGGGGGACGCUUUCCAUAAACCUAGGAUGGAAGAUUUCAACAUAAUGGAGAUAUGGGUACGAAUCUUUGGCUUACCAGAUGCCCUGAAGACGACUGAGAUGGCACACAAAAUUGAUGAGAAUUUUGGUUCUUUAAUCUGGGUGGACUCAAGAGUAGACACUCGCACAAAAGACUUCCUACGUUUAUGUGUAGGGAAGGACAUCAGAACACCUCUGAGACAGAAGCUGAAAUUGAAAGUACAGGGGGAGGUAAUGAAAUAUCCAGUGAAAUAUGAGAUCCUAUGUUCUGCUUUUCUUGUGGUAUAGUAGGACACCCAAAAGCAUUCCGCAAAUCUAAAUUUGCUGAGGGAGAGACCAAUUUGGGCCAGAGCUACGAUUGGGAAUAACACAAAGUAAAACCUGGCAAUCCAGACAAGAAAAAGAGGAAACUGAUGAGCUUUGGAUGGCGCUAAGGGCCAAGUUCGACAAAGAAACCAUUACAUAGAAGAUGCGGAUAGAAGGCAUGUGACAGCCUGAUGAAAACUGGAAAGGUACAGAAUAUACUGAUCGGGAGAUACCUCAUCGUCAAAAGACAUCUGUAUAUGAAAAACAUAAACAGAUUUAUAGUUUGUCUGCAGCAGAAAAGUACCAACCUAAGACAUACAGGGGUUCAGCAGAGGAAGCAUGGAAUCAGAGGGAAGCCACGGCCAGCAGGAAUUUAAUCUGGGACAACAUGAAAACAAAUGAAUCACCAAAGAUUAUUGCAAAUACACCAGACCAAAGAUGUAGUGCGAGUGAAAAAGUGGAUGAUAGGACAAGAACAAAGCAUGGAGUGGAGGAUAUAGGGUCCGAAAUCAGAGAGGGAAUGCAAUUUCAUGUGGGCAUUGUGGGAAAGACAGAGAAUCCAAAGAAGCAAAAGCGCUAGCAUAGACAACCCUCACAACAAAUGGCCCCACAGAAAAAUACAAUUCCACAGCUUUAAACCCAAAAGAGAAAUUUUCAAAGUGGCAGUGUGGGAGGGGAGAAGGAGGAGACAGUAACAGUCUGAAUUGGGAGAGGAAGGAAACAAGCGAGCAAUGAUUCCAUGCCAAACCCAGCAACAGAAAGGAGAUUUGUCAAAUGGGGUAUUACUUCACAGCCCCAAUGAAGAUGUGACAAUGUUGUAGGAAAAAGAAGUGGAUGGCGGUAUGGCGGACCCUGUGAAAGAACAGGACCGCCCAGCCCAAUGAAGAUAUUGUGUUACAAAUGGCGAAGGUUGGGAAGUCCCCAGGAAAUUAGGCAACAGCGGUUUUUACUCUAGGAACAGACUCCCCAAAAUUGUUUUCUUGAUGGAAACCAGACUUGAUGAGAAAGGAUGGAAGUCUACUAUGGAAGAUUUGGGAUGGAAUAAAGGAUUGGGAGUUCC